UAUCACCACCGCCCCUCCGACACACCUCCUCCAGCCUCUCUCUCUGCGACAAUGGGCGUCGUCGCGAGCUGUUGCGAGUCGUGCUUCCAUUCCCGGAGGUCUCAGUCGUACGAACCCCUCUUGCUUGAGAAUGAGCGAGAGGCGGUCGCGGAUCUCCUCCAAUAUCUCGAGAACCGGACGACGACCAACUUCUUUUCCGGUUCCCCGCUCUCCGCGCUCACCACCCUCUCGUUUUCCGACAACGUCGAUCUGCAGCGAAGCGCCGCUCUGGCAUUUGCGGAGAUUACGGAGAAGGAAGUUCGCCCCGUCGGUCGCGAUACUCUUGACCCCAUCCUAUUCCUCCUGGGCAGUCAUGACACCGAGGUUCAGCGGGCCGCGAGCGCAGCACUAGGCAACCUCGCUGUUAACACUGAUAACAAGUUGCUUAUCGUCAAGUUGGGCGGCCUGGAGCCUCUCAUCCGACAGAUGCUCAGCCCGAAUGUUGAAGUGCAAUGCAACGCCGUGGGCUGUGUAACAAACUUGGCGACACACGACGACAACAAGACCAAGAUCGCAAAGUCCGGUGCCCUUGUUCCUCUAACUCGCCUUGCUCGAUCAAAGGACAUGCGUGUGCAGCGGAAUGCGACAGGCGCGCUGCUCAACAUGACCCAUUCUGAUGAGAACCGCCAACAGCUCGUGAAUGCAGGGGCAAUCCCGGUGCUUGUCAGUUUGCUCAACUCUCCGGACACGGACGUACAGUACUACUGUACGACGGCGCUGAGCAACAUCGCGGUUGAUGCUACCAACCGUAAGAAGCUGGCACAAAGCGAGCCUAAGCUGGUGGCAAGCUUGGUGCAGUUGAUGGACAGCCCAAGUCUGAAGGUGCAAUGCCAGGCCGCACUCGCUUUGCGGAAUCUUGCUAGCGAUGAAUAUCAACUCGAGAUCGUGAAGGCGGAUGGUCUUCAGCACCUCCUCCGACUGCUACAGUCGACGUACCUGCCACUCAUCCUUUCGUCGGCUGCCUGCGUCCGGAACGUGUCCAUCCACCCGCAGAACGAGUCGCCUAUCAUCGAGUCGGGUUUCCUGCAGCCGCUGAUCAACCUUCUCUCGUUCAAGGAUAACGAGGAGGUUCAGUGCCACGCGAUCUCGACCUUGCGCAAUCUCGCGGCAAGUUCGGAGAAGAACAAGCAGGCGAUCGUCAAGGCUGGUGCCGUUCAGAGCAUAAAGGAGCUGGUUCUCGAGGUGCCAAUGAAUGUUCAGAGUGAGAUGACCGCAUGUAUUGCUGUCCUUGCUUUGAGUGACGAACUCAAGGGCCAGCUCCUCGAGAUGGGCAUCUGCGAGGUCCUCAUUCCUCUGACCAACUCGCCCAGCUCCGAGGUGCAGGGCAACAGUGCGGCGGCCCUUGGCAACUUGUCUUCGAAAGAUGGCCGGACUACCACUGAUGACUACUCUGCAUUCAACGACGUAUGGGACAAGCCUGAUGGUGGCAUGCACCGCUACCUGUACCGCUUCCUGACGAGCCCGGAUGCCACCUUCCAGCACAUCGCCGUGUGGACCAUAGUGCAGCUGUUGGAAUCAGGCGACCCCCAACUCAUCAGCAACAUCCGUAGCUCCAACCUCCUCAUCCCCAACAUCCGGCAGCUCGCUGAGACGCGGACGUCGACACCGACCUCGUCCGUCGGUGGCACUCCUCACUCGCAUCACUCCGCCAGCCACUCGUAUCAGGAUACGGAGACGGGUGAGGGCCAGGGCGAGAUUCAAGUGCUUGCACGUCGGAUUCUGGACAUUACGGAGGCGGACAGCGAUGGCGCCAUGACACCUAGCGCGGCCGCAUCCCAGAUACAGGCGGCAUCGCUGCGUGAGCAUGAGGGUAGUGUUGGGCGCGAGCAUGAGGAGCUUAGGAAGAGCGUGCGGGAGGCGUUCUCCGGCUCCUCGACUGGCCACUAAGGCCGCAGGCUUUGUCGUCGGUGGCUGCAUAUGUCAUUCGGAGAAGCGCGAACGACAUAUGCAGGCUUGAGAGUCUUGACGGCGUCGACGGAUGGUGGAUAGUGGAAGUGGGGAGGUGGUGUAGAGUUUUGCGUGCACAUUGGUGCGGACAUUGAGGAGGACACAUUGUCCUCAGCGUUUCCUUAGAGUCUUCGUUCUAUCCCUUCUCAUGCGUAUGGUCCCUACGUUGUGUGUCCGGCGCCUACCGUGCGUCUUGCCCUACUCUCAUUGUUUGUUAUUCACGGAGGCUGCAUAGGGUGUUGUUGCAUUCGUCUCACGGAUUCUUGUUCCAUAGUAGUUCUGGUUGGGGCUCAGUAUGUUCCCGACAACGGUCUCGUAUCGGUUGCUUCACGACGUAAUGUAAUGACUCUACUGCUCGUAUGUCCAUCUGCAAUGCCAUUCUGAUAGCCCAAUCAAUCAUGUAUGUUUGAC